CCUUUGACAGAGAAAAACAACCGACCACKGUCAGUCMUUGUAAACACUCAUUGGCCAGCACGAAACGUUSAACAUGGUCCUUCUKCAAGCUCUCCAAAUGUUCAAGCUUAAUUGCAUGUACAUGGCCUUAAUACUUGUCUUCUUAAUCGGGAAAGUGUUAAAASGAAUKCAGUUUCUCCGUGCAUCCAUUACUAGAGUWUUUGAUGCAAUAGCAACAGAGCGACUUCCUCCAGAGUCGUACUGGAACACCCUUUUUGGUGCUGAGAUGUUCCAACAUGUGUGGCACAGCGUUGAGCUUGAUGCAGCAAAAAAGGUUUUCCAUGGCAAAAAGGCAGUCAAUUCGCCGGUUUUCUCGCUCGGUGACGGACAGUACCAUCGUCUGUUGGAAUUUGCACAAAAUAAACGCCCUUUAGUGUUAAACUUUGGCAGUCAAACGUGCCCUGUGUUCAUGAAGCGACUGGAAAAGUUCAACGAUCUGAUGGCGGAAUAUAAAGAUGUUGCUGAUUUUGUGAUUGUUUACGUUGAAGAAGCGCAUCCUCAGGAUGGCUGGGCAUUCAAGGACACCAACAAUAAUAUUUCAAGCCACAAAACCCAAGGUCAGCGGUGUUCCACAGCGAGAAUGCUAUCCCAGCAUACACCUUGUCCCAUAUUAGUCGACACGAUGUUGGACGCAGCUAACAUGGCCUACGGWGUAUUUCCCAUCAGGCUUUAUGUUAUCAAAGAAAACCACGUGGCCUAUCAAGGAGGAACAGGCCCCACGGGAUACAACAUUGACGAGGUGUCUGAUUGGUUAAAAGAGAACACGAGAUGCCCAUAAAGCUGUUAUUUGAUUGGCUGCUUCAAUGAGCGGCUACAAAGUUACGAACUGUCACGUCACGACAUGUAGGAAAUUACGUGAUGUGUACGUCAUUAAACUCUCUCCAGUGCCCGUAUGGUUGGUUGCUUUGACGCAACAGAACUGACAUUCUUAUACUUUAUAGGAAAUUAUAAACGGCAAUUUAUUUUCUGAAUUGAAAUGAUGAAGAACAGAAAGUGCAAACUCACGACAAAAAAGUGAUUUUUUUGAAAUAUUUACAACUUAAACCGUAUUUAUGCUGUACAUAGUGAACAUUGUAUAUUCUAUUUAUACAUUAUUAAUAAUAUYAUCCAUAUCAACAUAUCUAUUUUUGUUGCUCAAUAAAAAUUUAAAAAGUAAACCAACUUGUUAGGGA